UCGCCGCGACGUCAUCUACAAAAUACUUCAAUGAAAAUUGUUGUAUCGCCAGUAGAGUGAAGAAAAUAAAAACGGUGCUGCGAAUAAUAAUAAAAAUAAAUAUGACAAGUGUACAACCAAAUAAAAGUGAAAAAGAAUUCAUAAUUCAACGUGUGGAAGGUCUUCUUCAAGCAUGGAAUCCAGCGUCGGAAUAGCAUUCGGCCGAGAUGUCUUCUACCGCUGGAGAAGACGUCGAAGAUAUGGGAUCAGCGGAUCCGAAUCCACUUCGUAACGGUUGCGACGACAUCUGGACUUGGGAUAGAAGAGAAAAAAGCCCCGAAGUGAGACUACAUGGACCAGGCCUUCGUAUCGCUCAUUUUCAUCCCAAUUGGAGUAGUGGUACGGCUGGAGUGAGAGGCACCAAGGUACUUAACAACGGACGCUAUUUCUGGGAAUUACAUCUGUCGAGAAGAAUUUUCGGUACUAGUAUGAUGUUCGGAAUAGGUACAAAAAAGGCACGGCUGCACGCAGAUUCAUUCACCAAUCUUCUAGGAAAAGAUAACCAAGGUUGGGGGUUAUCCCACAAAGGUCUUCUAUGGCAUAGCGGUAGAUGGACACAUUACACCAAGCCUUUCCGAGAGAACGUUCCCACGAAAAUAGGUAUUCUCUUUGAUGGUAUAGCAGGCACGGUAACUUAUUAUAAAGACGAAAAAUGCCUCGGUAUCGCCUUCAGAGGUCUAAACGAAAUAAAAGAACCGCUUUACCCGGUAAUUUGUUCAACGGCAGCAAAGACUGAAAUGCUUCUAGAUUCUAUGAAACGGGACUUUGUCAAUCUACAAGAUCGAUGUAGAGCUGUUAUAAUUAAGCGAGUUAAGAAUAAAGAAGAUUUGGAAAAAUUAUUUUUACCACCGCAGGUCAGACGAUAUCUUUCUGAAGGUAUUCCAGAGAUUGCGCAACCGUUCAAACCAGUUAAUAUAAAUAAGGAAGAUACUGAUCUUUAAUUUUAUUUCCCAUUGACGAUUUAGUUAAUUUAACGACUGUAAUUUAUCUUUUUCAUUCGACGAUAGCCUUUUAUUAACACCAAAAAUGAGUUUCCUUUCCCAAAUACUGCACCUUUGGUUGAUGGUUCGCCGUUCAAAAAUGUCAAUGAGUCGAUCGAUUUUGUCUAAUUUCCGAUGGGAACCCUUCAGGAGAUAUUUUGUGAAAAUUAGAUUUGUCUUAACUAAUUAAUGGUGAUUCGGGGAAUCAAAAUUUGAUAUCACUGAUGAUAAUCAGUAAAAUCGUCGAUUAACACAACUGCCGUAUUCCUCAUACACCCAUUUGAUAGCUCAAAUUAUGGAAGGAGCCUUCACGUGGUUUUUCGGUGACUUCCAAUGUGAUUUUGGAAUCUAUUUCGUUGAAGCCCGGGUUUAUUCGCCAAAAUUGAGCCCUACAGGAACCAUUUUAUAAAAAAUGAUGCAAGAGAAGAUUUUGGAAUGCGAUUGAGUGAUCUAAUCUGCAUAAUUCGAGUUAACAACGUAAUGUUUUUCUUUAGAAAGCGUUUCUUCAAUGAGCUGCAAUUCCUGAACCUUCAUUAAUAUUUAUACUGAAUCACUACUACACCGGCGAUUCCCAAUGUGGUGCAGGUGUUAUCCAGGAGGCUCUUCAAUAGAAGUUUUCUUGAAUUUCCAUAGUCAGAUCUCACAAUUGUAUUGUCUAACGAACUUUUCGAUAACCAAGUUUUCAUCUUCAGUGGUAGCAGUGUGUUAAGUGUCUUGUUUAUGAUUAUAAUGGGAUUAUCGACGUUGUUUUUGCUCUAAAUGAAAAAAAAGUAGAGGGCGGUAUUUUUUUUGAAACCCGGAUUGAAAUUCCAGGUUCAAACUAUUUUCUUUGCACGUUUUGGUGCUUCUAAUUUUGUUACCGAUGUAGAACCUUUGGCUGUCUUGCUUCUUUUUCCAAUUUUGAUUUAUUUUUAACUCAAAUGACAUCAUUUUCGUCGAAUGAAUCUGGGUAUCGAGGAAAUAGACUUUCUAAACUUAAAAAUUAGAAGUUAGAAUAGACUACGCUCAGGGGUGUCAUCAAAUAGUCAAUUUUUAGUCGGCACCAAUAGUAUCUUGAAAUAUGAAGGCGCUCAGGAAGCCUAAUUUGUGUCUUCUGUGAUAUCUUCAACAAUUUCCAUACCAUCGUUUGCUUGUUCUUUCACAAUGAAAAAUUUCCGGCCAGUUUGGAUGUGUGUACCAUGACGAAAAACAGAGAUGCUUCAUAAGUCUCAAUAAGAAGACUCAAAAUAACAUAAUAGUAAAGUUUACAAGACGAGAUGGAUCUAUGGGGUGUGUACAGCCAUAGAUAAAACAGUAAAGGGUUCGAGCUGUUUUUUUUUUUCAUAGUACAUAUCGUCAAAAUGAAAAAAAUCUUGAAGCCAACUACUCCUACAAUCUUUUUCCAUAACUAUUUGAUGAUUUGUGGAUUCAGUAUAUAUCUUUCUCAUACUAUUAAAAUAAUUUUGUUCCUUUGGGGGUUUUAAUAUUUGAGUUUAUAUUCAAUUUGGAAACACUCAAUAUUGUAGUGAUGUAAAAGGCUAUCUAAGUUGUACUUGUUUUUGUCAAAUAUGUUUAUGCAAUGAUAUUAUCGUAUUAAGGUUAUUUUUUGUGUUAUAUUUGAAGGCUUUCGUAUAAAAAACCAUGAAUGUUGAAGAAAUUGUUUUUAGAGAAAAACGAGACUAAGGGAUGCUGAUGUAUUUAGGAACUUAAGAUAAAUCGUAUCAGAACAUUCGAUUUUCAGUCAAAACAGAACAUACUUGUUAUUGUUUUCACAAUUUUUAAUACCUUGACUACCAAUAACCAUCGUUUCCUUCUUUCGUCUUCUGUUGUGGCCUUCUCAAUGUAAGGAAUGAUCUUAAAACAUUAUCCUCAGACCAGAAGCCCCAAAAACUUGCAUUUGAAUAGCAAAUAUUGACCUAGUGCGUUUUUCAGUUGUCUUUAAUGGAAGAUUUGUUCACAAACUUUCGAAUCCUUUAUUGAAUUCGUAGUUUGUGCUAUUAAAAUGAGAUAAUAUCUGUAUCUGCUGUAAACACUGUUUAAUUUGAUCCUACGCCGUAUAUUUAAAUUGGAAUAUUUGUAAUUAUUGUUGAUAUCCAUACUGAAUACCAGCACUCACUAUAAAACUGUCUGAUACGUAAUAAUUGUGAGUGUUGGAGUAGUGGUAGUGUGAUUCGGAUCGUGUGAUAGGCCCUUUAUAUUUAAUGCGAGAAAUUGAUUUCGUUUUGUAUAGAUGGUUUUAAAAAUAGUGAAGACUUCCUUGAAUAUUGAAAUUUUUGUCCUAUGAGUGGAUGAGAUGGUCCCAAAAGUACCUAACCCAACAAAGAAAACACAAAAAUUUUGGUAAAAUAUAUAUAUACACUUUUCCCAUUGAUUUUCGAUAAGUUCGAUACUCUUUUUAUAAUAAGAAUCGUCAAGCUCCUCAAAAUAGUCAUUAACUACCGAAAUCACCUCUCCAUUUGACCACCGAACUAUUUAUUCAAGUCUAGGUACAGAAAAUAAUCCGAGGGAAACAAAUCCGGCGAAUAGGGUGCAUGAUGUAGCAAUUUAAACUUUAAUUCAUUAAUUUUGGUCGUGCUGGUCUUCACAGGUCGUACGUCCUCGUUUAAAUUUAUCUAACCUAACCUAACCAAUAUUUUAUUGUUGUUUACAAAUUCACUGAUAGCUAACAAACAAAUUAUAAACAACGUGACGUCUUCAAACUGUAUAGAAUGUGUUCUUUCUAAUAUAUUGUUAUAUUUCAAGCAACUACCGCCAUCUCUAGGUCAAUUCAGUCAAUGUCUGGGACCAUCAUCGUUUAUUCAAUUAUUAAUUUUAAACUGAAAUAUUUCUUAUACAUUUUAAGAAAUGAUAUUUAUUUGUAAUAUGAAGAAUAUAUUAUUCUAAUUAUUAUUAUUUCAUCAACAAACGAUAUUUGUAUAAACUCUGAACAGGAAAUAACAGCCAGUGGUGAAAUGUUACCUUAACCUCACAUUUGUAAAAUACUAUCUAAUAUAUAAAAUUUGUGUGCCGCCCUGUAUUUAUAUAAUUAUAGGAUGGUUAAACAUGAUUCAAUUUUAAGAUACUUGUACUUACAUUUGCACAAAGUGUGUAUUUUUGGCCAAUUUGUGCAAUAGAAAUUGUAAAUAGAAUAUUUGAUGUCUGAUACGUCUAAAGCUAAAUAAAUUAAGUCUUUUAACAUAAUAUUAUCAAUCAUAUAAACUUUAUAUAACAAGGCAAACUUUUAAUUUAUAUUCUUUGAUUUAAUUUGAGAAAAUAUUGAUUUUUGUUCACCCAGUACACGAUUAUCUAUGGAUAAUAUCUUUUGAGCUAAAUUAAACGUAUUAGAAUCAAUUGAAAAUUGUUUAAACUCACAUUGUAUAUAGAAAUUUUAGUUGGAAUGGAUUGUGAAAUAUAUAUAUAUAUAUAUAUAUAUAUAUAUAUAU